CUGAGUCAUCACGGUCAACGGCCCGUCUUGACCGAGGACGCCGGCCAAAGGCGCAAAGAACUCUGCACCGAUGCCCGUAUUACGCAGUAGACAAGGAUCCAAUCGGCACAAGACCGCACGCCGCAUUCGCUCAUCUCUGAGACACUGCGUAACGGUCACACGACCAGCGUGUUCCAGCUCCGGUUUUCGUAUCUGGGCUCCGUUUCCCCGGCCAAUACAUCUCCUCACCGUCCCUCUCCUCCACCCAGAUAGGCGCUGGCAAACUCGCCGCCGGCAAUGACGUCGCCCAAUGCCAGUCCUCGUGGUUCAGUUACCGCCUCAGAGCCAGACGGCAAGGAUGAUGUCGGCUCUCAGUCAGCUCCCAGCCGCCGCGGGCCCCAGCGAAGGACCAAGUCAACAGCGUGCCGCAGAUGCCAUUCCCGGAAGGUGAAAUGCUCCGGAGGUAGCCCCUGUGAGAACUGCACUCACGCGGGCAAACCCACCGAGUGUUCGUAUCCUCGGAAGAAUCGCCUCGUCAAGGUCAGCCAGCAGUACAUCGACGACCUUGUUGCCGAGAAUCAACGGCUUCGCAAUCGUGAAGGGAGCAGUAGGUCGAGAACUGACUCCACCCAAAAGGAUGUCUCAGUUGUCGUUUCUGGGACAAGCUCUGCAGAUGCUCCAUCCGCGAUUCAGGCGCCUUCAUUGGAGACCCACCCUUGGUUCUUCAACAUGAACAUUCCCCAUACUCCCAUUCUAAUCGGGGAGGCCUCAGAUGCGGCGUUUGCCACGCGCUUCCGCCAAGCCAUCUCGUCUGCUCGACACAAUCAUCUUCCCAGAAUUAACUAUCCAACAGAUGAACGUCUACUUGCACUCUCGGACAUUGACUGCCCUUGGCCAUUUCCUUCUCGAGCUCGGCUUCUGGUCAAUGUCGCCCUCAAAUAUGUUACCCGUUGCUAUCAUAUUGUGCGCAGGAGUCAGAUCUUGGAGGGACUUGAGCAGACGAUUCAGAAUCCCCACUCCAGCGACUCGUUGCUAAAGAGCAAACUGUGGGCGCUGUUUGCCAUCGGCGAGAUGUAUUCAACCAGGACCGCAGCGGCAGAAUCGAAUUUCCCGGGGAUGGGAUACUUUGCAAGAGCGACGCGGGUUUUGCGAAUCAUUAGCGAGCGACCGAGGAUCGACGCCGUCGAGAUUAGACUGCUGCUCUCUUUCUACUCACUUGCAUUGAACCGUCGCUAUACGGCGUACGCAUUGGCCGGAUCUUCCGUGCGACUGUCCGUCGUCAUGGGCUUGCAUCUCAACGUCCCCGAAUCCCAGCUCAGCGACCCGAGUGUGAGAGAGCACCGAAAUCGUGUUUGGUGGACCGCCUACAGUUUCGAUCGCAUGUGGGCUUCUAGGCUUGGGCAUCCCGUCGCCAUACAGGAUGAGUUCAUUGAGGUCGAUCUUCCGUCGGACCCUGUGUUGGCAAGUAACCAGGAUGACUUCAAGGACGCGGCCUAUCUGGUAGCUAGCGUCCGGCUGGCACGCCUGGCUGGGCGAAUUGGUUAUUCUAUUUAUAACAGAAACCCCCAGGAAACCUCAUUAUCCCAACGGGUACAGGAAGCGUUGAAAGAUCUUCGCAAUUGGGUCGAGGAAUUGCCGGACCACCUUCACAUCGACCCCAAGGACAACACUGUUGAGCCAAGUCCAAAGCCACUCUCAUUGCACCUUUACUUUAACCAGUGUGUGAUUAGUGCGACUCGACCUAUCCUACUCCAUGUGCUCCGUACACAUGUAGCUACCUGGGACACUCAACCAAUCUCAGAGCCACAGGUACCGGCUUCUGCAAUGACCUUGGCCGAGGCGUGUGUGAGAUGCGCUCGACAUUCCUGCCGCCUUCUCAUCGAGUGCUGGAUUGACGGAUCAUUCGCCACCUUUGACUACUUCUACACUCAGUAUCUAUUCUCCGCCGCCACUGUUCUUGCCAUCUCUAGUUUGUUAGAUGGGAAGGAUUGCCGAAACGACAGGGAGCAAUUCGAGUCCUCGGUCCAGUUCCUAGAGCAGCUCAGAGAGACGGGCAACUUUGCGGCAGGGGAGUUCUGCCAGCACACCGACGCCAUGAAAGUCACCAUGGCGGCUGCGCAGGCACGUAGGGGAGACUUUUCGAUGCCCGGCGGUACUCCCGCCCUGAUGGAUGGCUCUUCCCUCGGCGCUCUUGACGUAGGAGCGGCCUUUGCCGGGGCCACAGCCGGUAUGGCAUUGUCAGAGCCCUCGUUGCAAGAGCUGCUGUCUCAGCCAGUAUUGGACCUGCAAUUCAUCAAUGCGUCCAUGUACCAAGACGAAUCCCAGGGGCUGUAUUGGCCGGAUAUUUCACCUGAAAGCUGGGGUGCGGAUCCUUGGGUGCCCACCUAAAUACAAGAUUGGUGGGCCUUUUUCGUAUUGAUGUCGGGGAUAAGCUGAAGUCGCAUACCAAGUAACAGGAGGGUUGGAAUAGUGAACUUUUUGGAGACAGGCGUUAUUGAUCGGAGGCUUGUUUUACUUUCUCAAAAGCAUUAGGAGAGAAACGUAGGGACGUAAAAUGGAGUUACCGCUAUACUGGCAAUGAUAAGGUGCAUUACAUCGGUUUUCACCUAUUAGUACACCAUGAAAACGUUAAGGUUUAUACAUAUCAUUUCGAUUGCACGACCGAGGUUAAAUCAAGUCAGUACGAUUGAGACAUGCAGUUCUGUGUGUAAGUACCAA